CCACCCAGGACGUGUUACGUAACCCUUCCUCCCCCGGCCCUCCUUUUCUCCUUUCCGUCAAAACACAACCCAGUCUGAUCCGCGGCUUGCCGGACGAGAAGACUCGGUUGACAAAUUAUGAUUUUUCAAGCUCUUUACGAGUAUCUGGACGCGAGUGGCUUGCUGCUGCUUGCGUUUGCGGCACUGCUGUUGAGAGACGUGCUGCGAAACUGGCGGCCCGGCACUUUCCCACCGGGGCCUUUGGCCCUGCCUUUUCUCGGGAAUGUCUUCACUGGAAUGGACUACCAAACCUUGGAGAGCCUCGCCAAGAAGUAUGGCCCCGUGUUCAGCGUGAGGCACGGCGGCGAGAGGGUGGUGUUUGUCUCGGGUUACCGCACUGUCAAAAAGACCCUGGUCAGCCAACCGGACAGCUUUGUGGAGCGGCCCGGUCUCCCGCUUUUCGAUGAAAUGUUCAAGGGUCUCGGUGUGGUGAUGAGCAACGGUUACACGUGGAAGAAGCACAGGAAGUUUACGCUAACCCACCUACGCCACUUUGGAGAAGGCGAGCGAACCCUGGAAAAUUGCAUCAAAGUGGAAUGUGAAUUCUUGUGCGAGGCCUUCAAAGAGGAGCAAGGGAAGCCGUUCAACCCUCACUACACGCUAACCAACGCGGUUGGCAACAUCAUCUGCACGGUGCUGUUUGGACACCGCUUUGAGUACAGCGAUGGAAACUACCGCAAAUUUCUCGAGCUGGACAACGAGGCCAUUCUGCUAGCCGGUUCUUCAUCUGCACAGCUCUACAACGUCUUCCCCACUCUGUUCAAGUACCUGCCAGGCCCGCAUCAGAAAGUCCUCGCCAACUACAGGGAGAUCGAAAACUUCCUGAAGGUGGAAGUGCAAAAGCACCAGGAGCAGUGGAACCCGGAGCAACCCCGCGACUUCAUUGACGAGUACAUUGGGGAGAUAGAAAAGCUGAAGGAAGACCCCGAAGCCGGAUUCCACAUUGAAAGCUUGCUGGUUUCCAUCCUGGACCUCCUGGAGGCGGGCACAGAGACCGCAGCCACCACCUUGCGCUGGGCUCUGGUGUACAUGAUGCACUAUCCGGAUAUACAAAGAAAAGUCCAGGCGGAAAUCGACAACGUGAUUGGACAAUCUCGCCUGCCCGCGCUGUCGGACCGACUUAACAUGCCCUACACCGAAGCCGUCAUUUAUGAGGUUCAGAGGAUCGGCAACAUCGUUCCUUUGGGGUUCCCCAUGAUGGCCAGUAAGGAGACAACACUGGAAGGAUAUCUCAUCCCAAAGGGGACACGCGUCGUGACCAACCUGGCGUCGGUGCUCUUCGACAAGAACGAGUGGGAGACGCCCGACACGUUCAACCCUCAACACUUCCUGGAUUCGGAGGGCCGCUUCCGCAAAAGAGACGCCUUUCUGCCGUUUUCUGCAGGCAAGCGAGCGUGUUUGGGCGAGCAGUUGGCGCGGAUGGAACUCUUCCUCUUCUUCGCGGCCCUCCUGCAACGCUUCACCUUCGUCGCCGUUCCCGGAGAGGCGCCCAGCCUGGAAGCCGUUCAGGGCUUCACCAAUUCUCCCGCCGAGUUCCGGACCUUGGCCGUAACGCGCUGAUGGGGGGCCCCGCCUGCCUGCACUCCCCGAGAGGAUCCUGGAUUAGGAUGAGAGUUUGACUUCUGAUGACGCAUUAGCGCGAUACAUUGCAAAUAAAAGAGCAAGCGGUGACUUGGAGCUUUCAUUUACUUUUCAAAAGCCAUUUUCAACAAUCGUGUAGAUAUGAAAAGUCUACACGCCCCUGCUCGAAUGUGCCGUACAAAAUGGGGCGGGGCUUAUUUUUUUACUUCGCUAUUGUGACAGUUCUAUUACUUUGACAUAUAUUCCCGUUUUGUUUCUUGCCGUUUCUUUGUUACUUUCAAUUUUGCGACGUUGUUCAUUUAGUAAAUAGAUUUUUUUCCUGCCUUUUUAAACGCCCCCCACCCCCACCUUUGAAAAAAGAAAUUUGCCCUCAAUGUUUGUUUUGGCUGCCUUCCCGGUACUAUUUGAAUGUGUCUGGAGCUCAUCAAACGGUUGUGUGUGUGUGUGUUUUUGUUUUUCAAUUAACUCCGCUUUCGGAGAAACGUGAAAUGGAAUCUAUAUUCUUUUUCACUGAAGAAAAUCAUUAUUUAAAAGAACAUUUUUUACUGUUUGUAUGAUGUUUAAAAAAAAAGUGGGUAGGCUCAUAAUUUCAGGGCGACAAACGUCGAUAAAUUUUAUGUUGGACAAAUCAAUUCGA